AUGGCGACUGACGGAGUGCGCCGAUCUGGCCGUGCUCGCAAGGCGGUCACAACCUAUGCCGAUGAGCAAGCAGAAGACAUUCUUGCCACCAAGGUUCCUGUCUCCAAGUCUACAAAGGCACCCAAAGUCACAAAACAAAAGCCUUCACCGGGCGAUGGCGAAUCUGCCGUUCUGUCAGACUCUCCUGAACCACCUGCCAAGAGGACCAAAACUGCAAAGCAAGCAGACAAGGACGAUGCAACCUUCGACACUAGCGAUACUUCCUCGCCCGUGGCGAAGAAAGCGAGCAAGAAGUCUAAGACCAAACGUAAGAAAGGUGACCCGCCACCACUCGACGAGCAGGUUCGCCAGGGCUUUCACUCCAAGAUUUAUCCUCAGACCAAGAAGAUCACUCUCCAAGAAAAGGGCUGGCAUGGCGAAGCUGCCGAAUUUCGCAUCGAGCGUGCCAGAUCCAAGACCCAACCACUCCUGCCUGGCCAGCAAGAGAAACGUCUUCGCAGUUUCGUCGAAGUCCCCGGUGACGAGUACGAGACCUUCCUGCAUCGAGCCACUACCCAGAAGAUGUUCGUUCUCAACCGCGAGCGCUUCUUCGAAGACGACUGCCAUGCUGGCCACGACGACUGCCCAUCCGAGGUCCUCAAGAUGGCUGGGUCAAGGGGAGACGUCUAUACCAUCACCAUUUCGCACUUGCUGAGCUGCAGUUGUCCAGUCGCCCUCUUCACCAGGGAUGGCAAGCAGAGGUGUUGCAAGCACCUGAUCUAUGUCUUGCACAACGUUCUUGAGGCUCCAGACAGGCUCAAGUACCAGAACGCCUUCCUCACAUCUGAGCUGCGUGAGAUCUUCGACAAUGCUCCGCCACUUCCAUCCGAGAUCGGAGACAAGGUGGAGGAUGCCGAUGCUGGCAAUCGCAAGCCGCUUGAUGAUGAUUGUCCUAUCUGCUCGCUUGAACUGGAGGGCGAGGCCACAGUCUGGUGCAAGACAUGCGGUUACAGCCUGCAUCAGGUUUGCUUCAAGCAGUGGGCUAAAGUCAAGGCUCGCAACGUGACUUGUGUCUUCUGCCGCGCGGAGUGGCAAGAUGACGACGGCGGUGGUAAGCAGAAGGUGAUCACACAGGAUGUUGCCAUUUCCGCUCAGCGUUCUGCUAGUGGUUACCAGAACGUUCGCCACCUUCUCGAGCAGCAGUACGAUUGA